CGAGCAUCGUCACCAGCGCUUGCAUCUCCAUCGUCAUAUCCGCAGCGUGCUCUCCCACUCAGAAGAUCGUCGAGCCAAUGCACAUGAUUGCCUCGAGCACCGCCACGAUGCACCGAGAAACUUGUCAUUGCGCGCGUUUGGGGGCCAAACUAACUCACUCACCAACAUCCUAACUCGUCCCAAAAUAUCCAGCUAUGGCCGACGCAUGGGCUGAAGAGGCGCUCGCCUUGCUGCUCGAAGGCCGCAUUUCGCCGCAGCAAACCGCAGAGGCAGUGGCAUCAGCCUACGACGCACGCCUUAAAAGCGGCAACACCGACACGUGCGAGCUGUGGUCGACAUACGGCGGCGCUAUCGACACGCUCGGCACAUCGAGCCGCGCGCUCGACCUCCUCGCCGACACCAUCGUCGCGUUGAGCGCGCUGCCCGACGUGCGCGACGCUGCGGGCGUGCCGAUUGAGGAGAACGGUCGCGUCUUCUGGCGCCAUGUCCCGGAGACGUCCUUCUGGAUGGGCGAGAUGUUUGCUCCACUCGCUCCGCGCGACAUCCACUGCGACAAUUUCGAGGAACAAAUGCUCUCGCUGACACGCGCUACCGAUUUCGGCGCGCGCUGUCUCUCCGCGCUGGACCGCGCCCCGCCGCCGCCUGACGGCCAUCAGCCCCAAGGACCGCGCAACGGACUGCGCAGCCUCGCAAUCGAGGCGCUGUUCGAGGCGUGCGAAGACCAGCCAGAUGGUGGGGAGUUUGCUGUGCUGUUGGCGCGCAUGAGGGUGCCCGUAGCCGCACGGUGAGUUAUCGGGGCGGGCGCAAGCGUGCGCAGCGGGUGCGGUGCUGAGGAAUGGGAGGCGUGGCGAGAGGUGCUUAGGACGAGGGCACUUUUAGAGGGCCUAGAUGUUGGAGUAAAAUAGUUAGCGGAAGAGGCGGUAGCGGUGAUGGAUCGGUAUACUAUUAUACUGUAGUUCAGCAGCGCGCGCCGCAAUAACCACCGACUUUGGUGGAUGCGAUGGACGGAGUACCUACAAAGUGAUCCGAAAGAAACAUCUUCCAUGACGCCGACCCAUUCAAAUCACCCUCCUCCUCAUCCAGCACGGCAGGGCAAAUUGGCCAUUAAUUGUCUUCGAAGUCGCUUACAGCCAGG